AUGGCAUCAUUCUCCUUCGGAUUCGGCGGCGAUGACAUAGAGGACGACUCCGUUCCCGUCCCGGCCGCCGAGGCCUCCGCGCCCGCCCCGGAGCCCGAGACCCCGCAGUCCGCUGCAACAGCCAGCGCCUUUCCGGUGCCCGGCAAACCCCAGCUGCCGCCCACCGCCCACGACCUGCAGGACAUGCUCUCCAGGCUGCCCUCAAAGGUCGCCUUCGGGACCCUGGACGUCACCCUGGACGACGGUAGCCUCAUCAAGAUCCCUCGUCGCGAGCUCUGGGACGUGCGAGUGCAGCUCAUGGCCGAGGAUGAGGCCGCCGGUGACGGUGCCGAUGCCGAAGGCCUCGGCAGCCACGAUGUCAAGACGGGCGUCUACGAGGGCGGUUUCAAGAGCUGGGAGAGCAGCGUGGACCUCGUCAAGGUUCUCGCCAGUGGCCAAUACUUGGACCUGCUCAAGCAACGGCCUCUCCGAGUGAUCGAGCUUGGAUGCGGCACAGGGCUUCCAUCGCUCGCUCUUUUGCAAUGGACCAUGAGGAAUCCAGCGCCGAGAUCGCCACUUUUGCUGACCCUGGCCGACUACAACCCGACAGUCUUGCAACUGGUCACGUUGCCCAACUUUAUCCUCGCCUGGGCUCUGGAACGCAGGGACCAGAACCCCGCCCUGGAGGAGGCCUUCGCGAUGGGAGACGAGCUCGAACUCACAUCAGAGGUCUUGCAGCAAUUCAAGGAGUUCCUGACGUCUUCCCAAAUCUCUCUCAAUUUCAUUUCUGGUGGCUGGUCAGAGGAGCUUGUUGAUCUUCUCUAUGAGUCUCAGUCCAAGCUGGACGGGUCCAGCAGUUUCGAUACCCUUCUUAUUGGAGCGGAAACCAUCUACUCGCCCUUCGCACUUGAUGCUUUCAACGAGAUGGUCCUUGCCAUCCUCAAUAGAGAACAGAGCCAACGUAGCAACUGCCAGUCGCAGGCGCUGGUUGGGGCGAAGCGGCUUUACUUUGGCGUUGGAGGUUCACUCGAUGAUUUUGUGGAUAAGGCUAGGGGAAGAGGAGCAACGGUAACUCAAGUCAGGGAGGAGGCUGAGGGUGUUCGGCGAGGUGUCGUUCGAUGCACUCUGGGCUCGCCUCGUGAAUAG